UCCAUAUGGCCUGGGUUUAGUACGGCCAGCUUCGAACUAUUCAUUUCUUUCAACUUUACUUUAUCAACCAUGACAAAUCACUGUUCUUAAAUCAAUUUCAAACAAACGCUCUUCUUCAUCUACAUUAUUCCCUUUCUCAUCUCUCAGAUCGAAUAUCCUCUCCUAUUUGAUAAACAACACAGAAUAAUUCAGAUUAGAUUAGUGCGAAUUUUGAAAUGGAGAACACAAAUUCGAAAGCUAGCACCAGUAAUACUUGCGAACAAGAAGAUCUUACACAGAACGCUAGGACGGGGAUCAAUGACAAUAAUACUUUGUCAAACGACGUCUUAAUCAAUAGCAAUAGUGAAGCUGAGAACAAUCGGCGUCAGAAAACUCCAUUUACGGACCUCAGCCAGGUCGAUGCUGAUCUCGCCCUUGCCCGCACCCUCCAAGAACAGGAAAGGGCAUACAUGAUGCUGAGAAUGCACAGUGGCAGUGAUUAUGGAAGUUGGGAAGCUGGGAGUUAUGGGCAUGAUGAAGACGACGACGAUGAUGACAAUCACGAUGCCGACUAUUUGGAUGAUACCAGUGAAGAGGAUUGUAAUGGUACUCAUCUGGAGGUAGAUGAUGAUGCAGAAGAUGCAUUUGAUGUGCAUGCUCAUGCUGAAGGAGUUGAGGACGAGAACCAAGCUGUUGAACUUGACCCUUCGACUUUUUCAAGUGAUGAGGCCUAUGCUAGGGCCUUACAAGAUGCUGAAGAACGGGAAAUGGCAGCUAGGUUGCUAGCUCUAGCUGGAAUUAAUGAAGUGAUAAUUGGGGAUGCUGAGGAUGAAGAUGAGGAUCGUGGUGAUAAUUCUCAGGAUGCAUGGGAGGAAGUUGAUCCAGAGGAACUUUCAUAUGAGGAAUUACUUGCCCUGGGUGAAGUUAUUGGGACAGAGAGCAGGGGUCUUACUGCUGAAACAAUUGCCUCUCUGCCUUCAGUCAAUUAUAAAUCACAAAGCAUUCAGGAUGGAAACAAUGAUUCCUGUGUUAUAUGUAGGUUGGAAUACGAGGAUGGUGACACCUUGACUGUGCUUUCCUGCAAACAUUUUUACCAUCCUGAAUGUAUAAACAAUUGGUUAAGAAUAAACAAGGUUUGUCCGGUAUGCAGUGCUGAAGUCGUGUCUUCUUCGGUAAACAUCUAGCAGAUUUCAUGGCUGGCUUAUUAAGAAGCUGCUUGAGAUGGCAGAUAAUGGAUUACAAAUAUUAUUUGAUGGCAUCAAAGACUGUAUUAUCAGAUUUGUAUCCAUUUUUGCUUUUCUUAAAUAUGAUUGCCCACAUUUUGUUUUGAUUUGCUUUUAUAAUAUCCAUUCCUCUAUGUUUCUUGCUUAUAA